AUGUUAUAUUUUGUGGCAAAAUUUGAUUCUUUGGAGAUCACAAAUAGUAGUUUUGUUGAAUUGAAUUUUGCAGUUCAACAUUCCAAAUCUACGUUGUUGGCAUUGAGUGAUGAUUUAUUGAAGGUCAGAGACAAGGGCACCACGUGGCGCCCCCUAUUGAAGGGGAGCCGGCAAGGGGACAUGUCGCCCCUGUCCACAAAUCGGGAUAGGGAGCAGGGUUGUAUUUUCUAUUUUCUUGUUAUAGUUCGUCAAAGUAAAAUUUUAAUGUUCCCUUCUCAUGGUUCUCACACCCCACAAAUUUUUGAUAUUGUUCAUAGUGAUAUAUGGGGUAUUGCACCUAUGAACAAAGGUAUUAUUUCUCAACGAUCUUGUCCUUCUACUCCUCAACAAAAUGGGGUGGCAGAACGCAAUGAUCAUCAUCUUCUUGACAUGGUUAGAGUUCUUCUAAUUGAAUCUUUUGUUCUUUCUCUUUUUGGUGUGAAGUCUUGUCUACUUCUGACAAAACUCACACCUCAAUCUGUUAAGUAUGUUUUUUUGGAAUAUGGUGGGACUCAAAAGGGGCAUGUUUGUUAUGAUCCCAUGACAUAUUGUAUUAGGAUAUCUCAUAAUGUUGUAUUCUUUGAAAAACAAUCUUUCUUCACUUCUGAUGUUGUUAUUUUCCCUCCUAUGUUCUCUAUCUUGCCUAAUUUUCUUACAGGCUCAUCUUGGUACAAGCCGGGUCUAGUUUACACUCGCAGGCAUGUUACAUCGGUCACUACUGUCGAGCUUUCUUCUCAAACUACUGUCCCUCCAGAGCCCCGUAACCUUCCGCUUGCUACAUCAGAUUCUUCACCAGAUGAUGUUCCUCCUCCUGUCACUCUUCGUCACACUUUUCAUGAUUCUCGACCUCCAAAUAGACAGGCUAUAGAACAAGAGUAUUUGCAACAGGCAAUGAAUGCAGAACUUGAGGCUCUUCAGGCAUGGUUAGUUGCUUUGGGAAAUCGUCAAGAGAAUGGAAUUGAUUACGAUGAGCCAUUUGCUCCAAUAGUGAAGAUAACCACCGCUCGCCUCUUGUUAUCACUUGCCGCUUCCAGGUCUUGUUCUCCACAUCAAAUGGAUGUAAAGAAUGCGUUCUUACAUGGGGACCUCAAGGAGGACAUUUAUAUAAAGCUUCUAUUUGACGACAUUAUUAUCUCUGGAUCUGAUCAUACUUUUAUUCAAAAGUUUCAACAACAUCUUUACUCGAUUUUUCAUAGAAAAGAGCUUGGUCAUCUCAAUUAUUUCUUGGGCUUAGAGGUUCAUACUGCACCACAUGAUAUUUUCUUGAAUCAACAUAAAUAUAUUCAAGACUUGAUUAUGUUUGCCGAGUUAUCUGAUGCCUCCUGCGUUGAUACUCCGUUAGAUCUUAAUGUUAAAUAUCGAAAAGAAGAGGGUGAUAUUCUUCUAGAUCCUACUCUAUAUCGAAACUUGGCAAGUCUCAUCUAUCUUACUAUUACAAGUCCAGAUAUUUCAUUUGUAGUGCAUAUUUUUCGCAAAUUUAUAGAUGUUCCUUGUCGUCGACAUUUGGUAGCUGUUCGUUGCAUUAUUCGUUAUCUUAUUGGGACUUCUCAUCGUGGUCUAUUCUACCCUCAAGGAACGCCUUUUGAGCUCACAGCUUAUAGUGUGGGUGGUGUGUUUUUUUUGGGUGAUGCUCCCAUUUCUUGGAAAUUUAAGAAACAAAAUUGUGUUUCUAAGUCCUUCACUGAGACUGAAUAUCACUUCAUGUUCGCUGCUUAUUCUGAGGUUGUGUGGUUGCGAGGUCUUCUUGUAGAACUUGGUGUUUCCCAAUCGCAACCCACUCCUUUGCAUGGUGACAAUACUAGUGCUAUUCAAAUUGCGGCUAAUCUGCUAAUGCCGGAUUUGUUUAGAAGUCAAACAUUAAUUGGGCAGCAAAUGGGCUCUGCUCUGCUUUCACUAAUAAGUGAUUCGUCUACAUUGGACAUAAUUAUCUUAAAGAUAAAGUUUUUAGCUCCUGGAUGCAGUUCUGUGCUGUACGUGUGUUCACUGAAAGCAUUUUGCGAUAUGGUCUGCCACCAUCAUUUUUGGUAG